AGAAGCGUCCUGCCUGCAGUCAAGAGCGCAGACCGGGCUCGCUGUAAGUCAGCCAAAAAAAAAAACAUUUUAUUUUCAAAAAAGUCACGGCCAUUUGUAUCGAACCAAAUCGGAGAAAUCACUUCAACAUGAAAAGUCCUUCGCUGAAGUGGUGGGAGUUCAUUUAAUAGUCCACUUGCAGGGCCAUGGGGAACUGCACCAAACCCUCCAUGAAGAGUAAGCUGGACAAGGGUGCCGUGGAUAGAGGAGGGGGCCAAGUCCUGGCGGCCGCCAUGUUGGGGAGCUUGGUCUCCCGGCGAGGUGGUGAGGAACUGCCACGUCCGAGGGUGGAGGCCAGCGACGACGAAGACGAAGAGGACAGCGACCAGGAAUUUGGGGAGCCCCUGUGUGCGUUGGUCCAGAACUGCACCAUGCUGCAUAACAUCGUGGGGCCGGCCUGCAUCUUCCUCCGGGAGGGCUUUGCCGAGGCGCAGCUCGACCGGGAUCUGAGGCCAGAAGAAAUCGAAGAGCUGAAGGAAGCCUUCAAGGAGUUCGAUAAAGACCGGGAUGGGUUCAUCAGCUGCAAAGACCUUGGCGAGUGCAUGCGGACCAUGGGCUACAUGCCCACCGAGAUGGAACUCAUCGAACUAAGCCAGCAGAUCUGUGGGGGCAAAGUGGACUUUGAUGACUUUGUGGAGUUGAUGGGACCCAAGAUGUUGGCCGAGACAGCAGACAUGAUUGGAGUCAAGGAGCUCCGGGACGCAUUUCGAGAGUUCGAUUCCAACGGUGACGGCCAGAUCAGCACAGCCGAGCUUCGGGAGGCCAUGAAGAAGCUUCUCGGCCAACAGCUGAAUCCACGGGAGAUUGAUGAGAUUGUGAAGGACGUCGACCUCAAUGGGGACGGACUGGUGAGCUUCGAAGAGUUUGUCCGCAUGAUGUCCCGCUGAAAUUCUGUCCUGGAUGGGUCUGCGUGCUCCUCCUCUGUCCUGUUGUGAAACCAAAUUUCAAGGACACUUUAGGCCAUAACCAGCAGCUGCAAUGUCUGUUGUGAAAGGCACUACAAAGAAACCUCACCAAAUUGGGAAUU